CAACUAUGGAAGUUGAGGAUAGACGAGAAAUGGAUAGGAAGUGAUAGCUUCUGUGUAGUUCCGAGUAUUUACUUUGGAUUUACUAAUUAUUUCAACUACAAUAUCUUUACCAACAAAAUGUAUUACAAAUGAAAAGGUGUUUACUGAUGUAGAUGACACACAACAAACAGCAGGAAAUGUGGAAUAUUCUCAGCAUAUUUCUUCUUUUACUGCUCAUCAGUGAUGUUGCUGCCAACACGCUGGACAAGAAAGUGGGAGAAAAUGCUUCCAUUGUUUGUCCAGAAGUGAAGCCAGGACAGAAGUUCCAGAAUGUGACAUGGUAUAAAGACAAAGCUCAACUGGCAUUCAUUGACUCAGCACGUACCCCACCCCUAAUGUCAGACAGUCGGAUUUCCUUUACGACGGAUGGAUUUUUCCGAAUGGAUAUUUCAAAUCUUAUAAAGCAAGACGCAGGUGUUUAUGAUUGUCAGCUGUAUGUCAGUGAUGAUAGCGAGGUACAGACAUUGGAAACUAAACAAACAACACUUACUGUUGUAGCAAUCAAGCCAGUUACUAAAGUCUAUGCCCAGUCCAGACAAGCAACUGUUUCUUGGAGUAUUUCAAAUGAAAAUCCAAUACAACAUUUUUAUCUGUCCUUUGGAACGUGUGACUCUGCUGAUGGUGCUUCUGAAAAAAAGGUCCCAGCUAGCCAGAGUGAAGCAACUUUUGAAAGCCUUCAGCCAAACACCUGCUAUAAGUUAGCAGUCCAGGCUGAGUACAGCUCAGGCCGCAGUGAACGCAGUGUAGAAGAAUUUAAGACACUAGAAGAAGCCAAGUUAGAUGAUAAUACUACUGAGGCUCCCAAUGUUACUAUUUACUCGCCAAGUGCUCCACCCAGCAACUUGAAGUAUGAUAAUCUCUCCAGCACUGAGAUCAAGUUAAACUGGCAGCCACCACCCAAAGACCAGCUCAAUGGUGACCUAGAGGGCUACAUCAUUAAAUAUGGCACAAACCCAGCCAACAUGACCACCCUUGAGGUCCCUGCCCAACAAAAUGCUCACACCAUCACAGGACUAAGACCCUACACCAUGUAUGAUGUGAAGAUCUCAGCUAAAAACAAGGCAGGUUCUGGACCAGAGCUGGCAGAGAGUAUUUUAACCAAUGAAGGAAUUCCUGGCGUGCCACGUGUCACACACAUCACCAAAAGGAAGGCCACAUCUUUUGUGGUGCACUGGCAGCCACCUACUGAGAUCAAUGGCGUGCUGGUCAGCUACGAGCUGCAGUGGAUCAAUGUGCACACAUCUGAGACCAAGACCAGGACAAUCAAGGGCCACAUCAUGAUUCCCAUGAUAGCUUGUAUCCAGGAUCUCAUUCCCUACACAGACUACGCUGUACAUGUAGCCGCAGCAACCAACGCAGGCCAGGGAAAUUUUAGCAACACUUUACCAGCGCUGACUGAGGUUGCAGCACCCAGCCCCCCCAGGAACCUGAACAUUACCAAGCUAAGUUCCAACUCUGUACAUUUGUCGUGGGACCCGCCCUUACACUACAACAAGUCAAUAGAUAAAUACAUCAUCAGAGGUUGGGGCCACAGCCAGUCCAUCAAUGAGGAGGUCUCUGGUCAUCAAACAGAGGUGACAUUGUUCAACCUAGCCUACAACUCCAAAUACUACCUUAAAGUUGCGGCCAUCACCAAUUGUUAUUUUGACCCAAGCAGCCAUGAAAUCAGUGAUUUUACCAAUGUGGUGGAUGUGCUACUAGGUGCAGCUGGAAACAAUGUCAUCAGAGAUCGCAUAUCCAGAAAUGAUGAAAAGGACCAGAUGGCUGCAGGACUUCACCCAGGCAUCAUUUUUGCCAUUGUGUUUGGCAUUCUCAUCAUAUGUGGUGUUGUAGCAUUGGUGGUAGGAUACAGGUUCUACAACUGCCGUAGACUGUUUCAUGCUGCCUACUACUACCUGACAGUUCCUAGCAACAGUCAGCCUACACCAACGACCAUUGUUCAGGUGGAGGAGCCCAGUGAAGAAAAACAUUACUCUGAUGUGUCUGUUGUGGACUUUAUCUCUCAUGUGGAACAAAUGCACAUGGAUAGUGACAUAGGAUUCUCACAGGAGUUUGAUGAGAUCAACCGAAUUACCCACAGUGACAAAUACAAAUGUGAAAACUCUAACCUGAAUGACAACAAGAGCAAAAACAGAUACAUCAACAUUGUGGCCUAUGACCAUUCCAGAGUUUCACUGAAAUCUGAACUACGAAUGCGACAAUCAGAUUAUAUCAAUGCCAAUUAUGUUGAUGGUUAUAAGAAAUCUAAUGCUUAUAUAGCCACACAAGGUCCUUUGCCACAAACAUUCCCUGAUUUCUGGCGCAUGGUAUGGGAACAAAAUACAAGUGUCAUUGUUAUGAUCACAAAUUUGAUGGAGAAAGGAAGAAGAAAAUGUGACCAGUACUGGCCAAAUGAUGGCAGUGAAACUUAUGGCAACAUGCAGGUCAAGCUUAUCACUACAGUCCCUAGAGCCCACUACACAGUGCGUGUGUUCACACUGCGCAACAUUAAGCGCCAUUCUAUGAAGGGCAACCCAGAGCGCACUGUGUACCAUUACCACUACACUGAGUGGCCUGACCAUGGAGUCCCAGAUUACUCUCUGCCAGUCCUGACCUUUGUGCAGAAAUCUGCUUCCCAGAGUGGGCCAGAGCAUGGUCCUAUUAUAGUACAUUGCAGUGCUGGAGUUGGGCGGACAGGGACCUAUAUAUUGAUAGACAGCAUGAUAGCUCAAAUAGAGGAUAAGAAAAGUAUAAACAUUCCUGGCUUUACCCAGCAUAUAAGGAGACAGAGGAACUUCUUGGUGCAAACAGAGGACCAGUACAUCUUUAUCCAUGAGUUACUGAAAGAGUAUUUGUUGAGCAAUGGCAGCACUGAGGUGAGAGAGGAGGACAUGUGUGAUCACCUGGUCAAGCUGGAGCAGCCAGCCAAGUGUCUCAUCCUUCCUUCCUUCACUGACUCCACCCUACUGGAGAGACAGUUUCAGCUGAUAACAGAGUACAUACCAAAUGAACUGGACCUUUCAGCUGCUCUCAAGCCCAUUAACUUAGAGAAAAAUAGAGAAGGGGGGAUAAUUCCAGUCAAUUUAAAAAGAGUAUUGCUUCCAGCAAGGCCAGGUGUAGAAGGUUCUGAUUACAUCAAUGCUACCUAUUUGCAGGGGUACAAAAAGUCAGCAGAGUUCAUAGUGACCCAACACCCAACAGAGGACACAAUGGAAGAUUUCUGGCGCAUGGUGUGGGAUAAGAACAGUCCUGUUAUAGUGGUGCUUUCACCCUUUGAUGAGGAAGAAUACAAAGAAUUUUGGCCUCCAAAAGGUAGCAGCAUUGAAGUGGAUUCAGGAAAUUUUCGCCUGACUUUAAAAGAUGGUCCUAUUCUGUGUGAGGAAAAGGGCUAUGUUACAUCAGAGUAUAUAUUAGAUUCCAUUCAGUAUGACUACACAUUGCUGACAAGGAUAAUCUGUGUGAACAACUGGCCCUAUUCUUUGAGAGAGCUGCACACAACUUUUGAUGUCAUCAUUGCAGCAGACAGCUAUCUCAACUCUUUGGAAUGUGGCCCAAUCAUUGUCAUGGAUAGGUUUGGUGCUGUUGAAGCUGGUACAUUCUGUGCUCUGUGGACUUUAAGGGACCAACUGUUGUCUGAAAAAUGUGCUGACAUCUACCAGGUUUGUAAGCUGUACCACUACAAGAGACCUGGAAUUAUUGGAACACAGAACAACUUCCUGUUUCUUCACCAAGCCUUGGCUGCAUACUGUAAACACCUACAAGAUGAAGGAGUACCUAAUGGGUCCUCUCCCCGCCACCAUCAUCACCAUCUCUCAUUUCACCAUGGCUCCACACGCCGUAAUGGUACACUUCCUCGAUCAAACCCCUCUAAUACAAAUAAUGUCCCAAACAGUGUUCAUUCAAGUAAUACAUUGCCUCGGUCAAGUACCCACAUGGGUACCAGUAACACUAAUUCUGAUGAGAGCAGUAGUCUGAUUGCCCCGUCAACUGAAAGUGCCAAGCUAGAAACAAAUAUUUAAAUUGGAACUAUAUUUUUGAUUGAGGUAGACGUUUUAUCAGUUCACAUUUUACUUCCUUGGUGAGGAUGGUGUUUGAUGAGAACACACAGGCUUCAGCAGAUGGAGAGUGAUAAGAAUAGCGAAGGACUGGCUUGCUCAAGACUGUAAUCAUCUUUUGACUUGUAAUAUCCACUUGAUCAGUGCUAGUGUGAAAAUUGUAAUCUAUGAACAGUAUUGUUAAUCAUUUCCUGCCAUCUAAUUCAUCAUGUUCAGCUGCCUAGUUGACUGUGUAAUCAAUGCUACUUUCAUGUUAGAUUAGGAACACAUUUUUUAUACAAUUAUAUACUGUUCAAGCAAGUUUGUAGUACCAGAAUAUUCCUUCAAGUUUAUACAAUGGUUCAUGUGUUUUAAUUAGAAUAAGAAUUUCUUGUAAAUCGAAUAACAUUAUUUUUUAAGUUUCUUUGUACACCUAUGAUGUAAUCAAACAACCUUAUAUAGUCACUGUUUUUUAAAUUUCUACAUUGCUGGUAAGCUUACAAACAUUGUACAAAAGUUUCACAUUUGACUGUUAUUGCUAAUCUAUAACUAAGAUCACAUGACCUGCUUGUGCUGCGUCAUUUCCAUCUGACCUACUCUUUGAUUUAUCUUGUUUAUUUAAAUUUUGUAUUGUUGAUUGGUUGUGUUGUACAGGUCAAGCACUAACUUGUUACUAGUAGCUUUACGACCGUGGAUGUAAAAUAUUUCAGUAUGAGUUUCUUUUGUCAUGAACAGUUGUUAGGCUUGAUAUUCCUUUAGCAGUCUAUGAUUAAAAUCUAUUUUACUCAAUAAAAUAAUUUUAAGAAAAAUUGGGUGGGGUUUUAAGUUGAGAAGUCUCUUUAUUUUUCUAUUAUCUUCUUUUAUACUAGAUUAAAAGGAGUUGUUUUUUUAUACAUCACAAAAUUAGUUCAAAUACCCUAUUAUGUCAUGUGCUAGCAUUUCUUUCAUUGUUAAAUGUUGAUUUCAGGAUAUGUGCUAUUCUAAGCUACUGUUGUAUAUUGCUGCUUAGAAGUUGCACAGAUAAACAGCCCUCUCCUUGUAUGGCAAACACCUAAUGGACUCAUUUUAUUGAAAUGUAAAAUUUGUAAAUAUAGUUAUCAAAGAUGUCAGAGUUUCUAUGGAAACUGUGGCUAUUUAUAUUUGCGGGUAAUUUUAACUAUCAGAUACAAAAUAGCAAAAAUUAGUUGUACAAUGAAAGAAAUUAAUCUUCUUUUAAUUGAGUGUCUACAUAUUUCAGUGUAGAAAUACAUAUUUAAAAGUUAAUAUUUUUUAUUAGGCAACAACUAUAAAAUCUAAAGUAAUAAAGCAUUGAAAUAUAUUUACAUUGUUAUACAAAUUUGAAAGAGGUUAUUAUUACUAUGCUAUCUUAUUUUAUGAUUUUAUAAAGCAUACUUUAUUUCUAUGUAACAGAAUUGAUUUUUCUGUGAUGGGCUUUAAAUAAUUAUCUAAACAAAAUAACUCAGUAUUGUUAAAGAUAUAAUGUUUUCACAUUUGUCUGCUCUUUUCUUUAGUUUUAAUUUGAUGUUUUCUGAUAAAACAAUCUGAAGAACCUCACAUGCUUACAUGCUGGUAGUAAUGACCAAGACCACCUUCCUAUACAACUAUUUUAAUAUUUCAAUGUUGUGCUUAUUAAAUCUUUAAAUUAAUCAUUAGAUGCAAAUGAUCCAUUUAUAAGCAAAACUUUCAAAUUUAUCAUUUUUGAUGUAAAUAUUUACAUUUUGUACAUAAUCAUCAAGAUAGGAUUUUUUUAGUUCAUAUAUUGGUUGCUUUUAAUUUUAACCAACACUAAGGCCUAGAGCCUAAUAAGAUUUAUUUAGCACAUUUGUCAGUUUUAGAGGAUAUUAUGUAAUUAAAUGUAUAUUAUUUAUUGACUUUUCCACCCCCACAUUUUAUUGUUUGUGUCAAAUGAAUUCAACUGUGUCAACAACGCAAUCAUUCAGUGAAAAUAUUUCCUAUGUAUGUUUCUGUGAGCAAAAAUAGUUUGUAUAAUAUUAGCUAACUGUUUAACUGCUUACUUUAUUACAGAAUGCAUGUGUGUAAUCUCAUUUGUUAUGCUUUGUGCUCUGCACAAUUUCUCUCUGUGCUUUAGUUGUGUGUCAUUGAAGCAAAAAACUUAUUCACUCUAACAUCACCUAUCAGACAAGGGAUUUUAAGACAUUUUCAUUCAUAUUUUUACUAUGCUCUGGUAUUGCUAUACAAUUUAUUAAGUUUUAUAAAAAUGCAGUUAAUGCAGCAGAUUUUAAAUCUUGUGUUUUUUUAAACAGCUGACAGUUCUUUUUGUGGUGUGGAGAUUUACAAACAUGUUCUGUUUUUAUUAUAAUGCUCAAAGUGAAUGAAUGGAUGUUGUAUUGUCUUUAAAGCUGUAGAUGUGAGUCUACUAGCAGCGAUGAAAUAUACUACCUAAUAUUUACAUUAAAAUCAUGUGGGUAUGAAACAAUACGCAAAACAAAAAACUGCCAACAUCUAAAUGUGGUUUCUUUUAAGAAAGAUUAUUACUUAAAAUUCUAUCAAGUUGUUUAAAAGAUGAUAAAAUGAGAUUAUUAAAAAAAGUAAGACUUUCUUUUAUUUAGUUGUAUUCUGAUGAUAAACUAAUAAAAGUAACACUAUUGAAAACAACCAGUAGAAAUUUCUUCAGAUGAUAAAAUAACAAAGCAACAACUUUACCCCCUCCAUUUUUGCUGGGCAUAGAAUAUCAUUGGGUAUGUUAACUGUAGGCACAGCCAUACUUUACUUUAGGAAAUUUCUGCGUGCUAUGGUUAAAUACAAGCAGAUCUUGAUAACCCACAAUCAUAUCUCUUAUGUAAAACUAUUUUAUUUUACUAAACAAUUGAGUUAAAGCUGCACAAGUGAAGUUUAUAGAAUUACAACUGAAGUGCUGAAAUCCAAAAUAAUCAUCUGGUUAAAUGUUGUGUGUAAUUUUGUUUACAUUUAAUUAUUGUUGUGAUUUUGUUACUUGUGAAAUUUAUACAAUUAAGUUAUUAUUUAUUAAAAGCAACCAGCUGGUCUAACAGUUUUUGAAUUCGUAUAAAUUUGGAACAUAAAAUGAACCAAAUUUUUGUUUUAGUUGAAUGUAUUUUUUGUGUUUCUGUAAUUUAAAAAAAAAAAAAACAACUAAUGAAUAGUUUAUUUCGAUACAGCAGUUAGUUUAAAAAACAUCGUCAGAUUUUAUUAAUUUAUUUCAUUAAUGCUGACAAGAUACUUUCAUUCCAUCAAAUUUCUUUUCAUAAAAUAUUACAUUUAAGAAAGCAGCCUGUUGUCAGUUUUUAAAAAGAUUUGAAUGUUGUGUGUUAGAGCUUGAUAACUAACUCAUCAGAUCUGAGAUGUUAUUCUUUCUUUAUAUUGUCUUUACGUCUGUAAAACUUUUUUAUUUAUGUACAAGUUAUUACAUAUGAUUUUAUUAAAACAAAUAUUUUGCCUCAAGUCUUAGUGUGUUUUU